UGCAAGCCCAUUAAUCUUCCCCGUGGGCCCUCAGACUAUAAGUGGCCUUGCAUUCUGCCCUCCACCUUGGCUCAGUCCCAACUACCUCCCGCUCCCCUGCAGGUGGAGGAUGCACUUUCCUACCUGGACCAGGUGAAGAUUCGGUUUGGCAGUGAUCCUGCCACCUACAAUGGCUUCUUAGAGAUCAUGAAGGAGUUCAAGAGCCAGAGCAUUGAUACUCCUGGUGUAAUCAGGAGGGUUUCUCAGCUGUUUCAUGAACAUCCUGACCUCAUUGUAGGAUUCAAUGCUUUCCUCCCUUUGGGCUACAGAAUAGAGAUUCCAAAGAAUGGGAAGUUAAGUAUACAGUCACCACUGGCUAAUCAGGUGUCAUCAGAGCCUGUUCCUAGUGCUCAGCCGGGUGGUGGAUUAUUGUUACAUUACUGUCAGGAGAAUUCUCACAACCACAGUGACUGCUCUGAGGAAUUCCGGCAGCAACUUCCAUACAAAGAAGAUAAAUCUCAAAUCUCCUUGGAAUCUGAUUCUGUAGAGUUCAAUAAUGCAAUAAGUUACGUGAAUAAGAUCAAAACCCGUUUUCUUGACCAUCCUGAAAUCUACAGAUCAUUCUUAGAAAUUCUUCACACUUACCAGAAAGAACAGCUGAGCACUAAAGGCCGACCAUUUCGAGGCAUGUCAGAGGAAGAAGUGUUUACUGAAGUAGCAAAUCUCUUCAGGGGACAGGAGGAUCUACUGUCUGAGUUUGGACAGUUUCUCCCUGAAGCUAAAAGGUCUUUGUUCACAGGAAAUGGGCCAUGUGAAAUGAACAGUGUCCAGAAAACUGAUCAUGAAAAAAAUCUGGAACAUAGUAAAAAGCGAUCCAGACCACUUCUGCUGCGUCCAGUUCCAAGCCCAGCAAAGAAGAAAAUGAAACUGCGAGGUACCAAAGAUCUGUCAGUUGCCACGGUGGGAAAAUAUGGAACAUUACAGGAGUUUUCUUUCUUCGAUAAGGUUACCAGGGUACUGAAGAGUCAGGAAGUGUAUGAGAACUUCCUGCGCUGUAUCGCACUCUUCAAUCAGGAGCUAGUGUCAGGCUCAGAGCUUCUCCAGCUAGUCACCCCGUUUUUAGGGAAAUUCCCAGAACUCUUUGCACAGUUCAAAUCCUUCCUUGGAGUGAAAGAGCUUUCAUUUGCUUCUCCAUUGAGUGAUCGAUCUGGGGAUGGAAUGAGUCGGGAAAUCGAUUAUGCUUCCUGCAAACGCAUAGGAUCUAGUUACCGGGCUCUUCCAAAAACCUAUCAGCAGCCAAAAUGCAGCGGAAGAACAGCCAUUUGCAAGGAGGUGUUAAAUGAUACCUGGGUCUCAUUUCCAUCUUGGUCUGAAGACUCUACAUUUGUCAGCUCAAAGAAGACACCGUAUGAAGAGCAAUUGCAUCGUUGUGAGGAUGAACGGUUUGAGUUGGAUGUUGUCUUGGAAACCAAUCUGGCCACAAUACGCGUGUUGGAGAGUGUUCAAAAAAAGCUGUCUCGGAUGUCUCAAGAGGAUCAGGAGAAAUUCCGAUUGGAUGAUUGUUUGGGAGGAACGUCGGAAGUGAUCCAGCGCAGAGCCAUCUACCGUAUCUAUGGUGAUAAAGCACCAGAAAUUAUUGAAAGUCUUAAGAAAAAUCCGGUUACUGCAGUCCCUGUAGUUUUAAAAAGGUUGAAAGCAAAAGAGGAGGAAUGGCGGGAAGCCCAACAGGGUUUCAAUAAGAUCUGGCGGGAGCAGUAUGAGAAGGCGUAUUUAAAGUCACUGGACCAUCAGGCCGUCAACUUCAAACAAAAUGACACCAAAGCCCUGCGCUCCAAGAGCUUGCUGAAUGAGAUUGAGAGUGUCUAUGAUGAGCAUCAGGAACAGCAUUCGGAGGGGGGAAGUGCCACCGCAAAUGAGCCUCACCUUAUCUUCAUCUAUGAGGAUAAACAGAUUCUGGAAGAUGCAGCUUCACUCAUUAGCUACUAUGUGAAACGACAGCCCACUAUCCAGAAGGAAGAUCAGGCAACUAUCCGGCAAAUAGUGCAUCAUUUCGUACCCGAGCUGUUUUUUUCUCAGCUCCCUGACCACAGUAUUUCUGAAGAGUCAACUGAUGAGGAUAGAGAAAACCAUCAGGGACAGAACCUGGACACUCCUGAUCUACGAAAGAAACGUGUGCCUGGGCCUCCAAGCGCCUCUCUGGAGGAGAAGCCUGGCUUCUGUGAUGCCACUGCUGCUGAGCUUCACAAAACUCUUGAUGAUGUUUACAGUCUGUUCUUUGCCAAUAAUAACUGGUAUUUCUUCCUCCGUCUUCACCAGACUCUCUGUUCAAGGCUCUUAAAGAUUUAUCGUCAGGCUCAGAAGCAGCUUAUAGAGUAUCGGACUGAAAAGGAGAGAGAGAAACUCCUCUGUGAGGGAAAGAAAGAAAAGUCCAAUGAUCCAGCCAUGGAACUGAGAUUGAAACAACCAAGUGAGGUGGAGUUGGAGGAAUACUACCCAGCAUUUUUGGAUAUGGUGAGAAGUUUGCUGGAUGGGAACAUUGACCCCACACAGUACGAGGACACUUUGAGAGAGAUGUUCACUAUCCAUGCCUACAUUGGCUUCACCAUGGACAAGCUGGUGCAGAAUAUUGUCCGCCAGCUUCACCAUCUUGUGAGUGAUGAUAUCUGCCUGAAGGUUGUGGAGCUCUACUUGAGUGAGAGAAAACAUGGCGCUGCUGGAGGCAACCUGUCCUCCCGAUGUGUCCGGGCAGCCAAGGAGACCAGCUAUCAGUGGAAGGCUGAACGCUGCAUGGCAGAUGAGAAUUGCUUCAAGGUUAUGUUUCUUCAAAGGAAAGGGCAGGUGAUAAUGACCAUUGAGCUACUAGACACAGAAGAAACCCAAACAGAAGAUCCUGUGGAGGUUCAGCACUUGGCUAACUACAUGGAACAGUACGUUGGGGUGGAGGGCGUCCCAAACAACCAGAAUGAUGGCUUCUUACUGAAACCGGUUUUUCUGCAAAGGAACCUUAAAAAAUUCCGCAAGUGGCAAUGCAAGCAAGUGAGAGCUCUGCGGAGUGAAGUCAAGAGCUCCUGGAAGAGACUGAUUGGUGUGGAAAGUGCAUGCAACAUGGACUGCAGAUUCAAGCUUAACACCCACAAAAUGAUGUUCAUCAUGAACUCUGAGGAUUAGAGCCAAGCAGGUUAACCUUUACUGUCCUUGUCUCAGGUGCAGCCCAUGGUUCUGCUCAAACACCACCAACAGUUUGAAGAGUGGCACAGCAGGUGGCUCGAAGAGCAUGUUACUGUAGAGGCAACAGAACUGGUUCAAGACUGGCUAAUGGGUGAUGAGGACGAGGACAUGGUCCCAUGCAAAACAACUUGUGAGACAAUGAAUGUGCAUGGAGUCCCUGUGAAUAGAUACAGAGUUCAAUACAGUCGCCAUCCAGCCUCACCAUGAGGAGAGACUCAGCCAUGUGACCAUGCCAAGCAGGAGCUUUGCCGGCAAAACACUUUUACUCUGAGAAUAGCGGUGGAAUGCUAUGUAUGUAUUAAUGAUAUUUAUCCAAACAGCAUUUUAAUUUGGGUUAUGAUGUAUUUUCCAUAUGGCAUAGAAUUGUCUCCUAGCGGUGUGAUCCUCCAGGCUGUGUCGUCAUGCAGAGUUCUAAAGCCAUUCCUGAAAGAGAGCUCUUAGCAUUGCCACUUUGUACAGUCACUUUGUAGCUUCAGGCCUACCACAAGCAAGCUGGUGUGGGAAGGGCUGAGUAAGGUGAGGUGACUACGUGGGAGACGCUGAGUGCACAGCUCUAGAAGAGCUGUUAAUGACUGCUGCAUUAAAGGGACAGAGUAGCUGGGGUGGCUGAGUGAGCUGUGUGCUCUACCCAGUAUAGAGCAUGAUGGGUGCUAGAGCUGGCACUGGCAGCUGCUUCUUCUUUUGGAAGUGUUUAAUGUUUCAUGUCCCUGUGCAUUUCAUGCCAUGCCUCAGUCUGUAGAACUUCUUAUAACCCCUCAGUGCCGGUGGGCCCAGAGCACCUGGCUUUGCCAUGGGCUGCGGGUUAUCAGUUGCAUUAUCUGUUCGAACUAAUGAAGCUAUGAAUGCCGUGAGCAUUACUGCUGCUAUGGUGGGGAAAUGUCAAAUCCUGAGACAUCAGGGAGGGAAGUGAGACCUUUGAAUUUUAAAGCGGCUAGGUUGGGCAAAGGUUUCAGAGCAGGUGCUCAUCAGAAAUGGCUCCAUAGGCUGCAGUGCUGAGUCCAGACACAUCCUCUACCUUUGCAGAGAAUUCUGUAUUUGGCUUCCCUGUCAAUCUUUAUAAAACUGUCACCCUGCAAUAUCCUGCUUUCUCAUGUCAGGCGCUGCUUGAAGUUGGAAUAAAAUCCACGAGGGGUUUUGUUUGUUUUGUGUGCUGAUUGACAGCCCCUGGAACUGUGUUUUGCAGACACUUCGUUUUCACUGGGUGCAUCCAGGAUCCCUCGGUACUUCAGGAAUAGUCACACUUACAAAGAGGAUCAGUAGAUGGAGCUCUUAAAGCAUGUUUGUUUUGCCUUGGAGAACUUCCUAGAUACUGGUGUCUUGCUGGUACCUCUACAAGACGCUCUUUUACAGUGACACACUGAAGUAUGUAUUCAGGGGAGGAUUCUGUCCAGGUGUAAGUGUAAACAAGCUAUUCCACUGGCACUUUCUAUGCCUCGCCCUGAAUUCUGCGCCCCCCCAACACAAAAACCCAUCCACGAACCUCUGAACCAUACAGAACUCUACAUUCAUCUUCUGACUUAAACCUAUCAAGAGGACUAGUAAGUUCAGAGUCAGGGCAGCCCUGCAAGCCCAUCGUGAUUUGAUUUCACUUGUGUGUUGCAGGAACCUGGAAUAGCACAUAAUCUUGUGUAAAAUAGAUUUGCCUCAUGACACCAUGUAACUUCCUUUCAAUCCUGACGCAAGGUGUCCUGACCUUUGUUUCUGUGAUUAUAUAUAGGGAUGUAAGUCAACACACUAGUUGACUAGUCGCUUCCCCCCACCUUGCUACCUCAUCAGAAAGAGGCGGGGGGAGGGGAGAGCGGAUGCGGGGGGAGCCAACUUAAAAGCUGGUUCCCUCCAGCUCCGUGGAAGGGACGGGGAGCAGCGGUGGCAUUCCACCUCUGAAAUGUACAAGAAUCUCUGCUGAGGCUCUUUUGGAUUUCCAAGCGGAAGAACCCGCAUGGAGCCUGCGGCCAGUGGGGGACUUUGAACCCCAGCAGAGGGCUCUUGUGCAUUUCAAAGCUUGAAAUGUCGCAUGGAGCCCAGGGCCAGCGGGCAGUCCCCUGCUGACUCUGGGCUCCAUGCAGCGUGUACGCUUUGAAAUACACUGGGGCUCUUGUACGUUUCAAAGCGGAAGCGCCCACAUGGAGCUGGGGUCAGGGGAGAACUCCUUGCUGGCCCCUGGCUCCACGUGCGUUUUAAUCUUUGAAGAGCCCCUGCUGGGGGCCAUACGUUUCUGAGGCGGAACUCCGCGUGGCACUUCUUCUUCAUUUUGAAGAGGAAGUGCCCUUAUUGACUAAUCGAAUAGUCGACGGAAAUUCCAUCGACUAUUCAGUUAGUUGAUUAAUCUAAUUUUAACAUCCCUAGUUAUAAAAUAUGGUUAUAAUUUCUGCUGGAUCCAAGUAGCAGCCUGUGGGAGUUGUGCUGUUUACCCCACUGAUCCACUUGUCUCUCACAACAGAAGAAAUGGGUUAUUUUGCACAAUUGACCAAAACUGCCAGUUGUUUCUUUUUUGAAAGAUAAUCUGCGAGUGGGAGGCAGCAAGAUUGAUAUUUUGGCUUUUGUGGCCACAUGCACAUCCAUUGCCAGCGGUUUGCUUUCUUCCACGAACCCAAAUUCUCAUUGUCUACUGAUUCCAGUGGCUGAAAUAUGAAGGAGAUUUUUUCAAAGCCCUUGGCUUGUUUUGGGUAAGGGAUGGAACUCUAUAAGAAGCUGGGGUAGGUCUGACUAGUGCAAUGCCUCUUUUGUCUCCACACAGCCUCAAAUGCACCUCAGUCCUAUUCAGCUCUCUGCUGUCUCCCAGGAGAGAUGACCAACUGUGCCAAAUUUUGUUAUGGUUUUGUGAUAGACAAAUGUUUACUAGAAAGUAGGUUGCAACUUGUGGCUUAAAAUGCAAUUGAUUCCAAGCCUCCCAGGGUGCAUAAGGCUAAUACACGCAUGGACCCUGGUCAGUCUCCCUGACAUUUUUAAGUGUACUUCAGGUAUUUUUAAGCAUCCUUAUUUUGUAAACCUUAAUUUAUAAUCUGAAUGGAUUGAGACUUUCAUCCUUUACAGCACUAUUAUCUCAAAUGUGAUAGUAGCAAAUGAUGUGAAUGAAAUAAGUGGGUGGUGCCAAUGUGUUUGAGAGAGGCCUGUUAACAUUUGAGAUUUCAGCCUUUGAAUGCUGUGUAUCUUCUAGCAUGAAAUUGAUUGAAGAAAGUUUGCUCUUCCAUUUUUUGAAGGAUAUUUGCUUUGGGGCUUGUAAUUGCUUUGCCAGCUCUUUGAAUGUAGGUUUUUUUAAAUAUUUAUUUGCACAUUCAAGUAAAAUAAAAUAUUGAUUUUCAAAGUCA